AAUAAGUUAAUUAGAAAAAGGAUAAGAUUGGAAUCUGGCUAUAAAAGAGCGAGGCCGAUGGCAUCAAUUUUUCCCUGCAAUUAUAAUGGGAGAAAGCACAGAAGAAGGAUACAGAGUAGAAAUCAAGAACAAAGAGAGAGUAGCCGCAGUGCUCCCUCUCCAAGAGCACUGGCUAUCCCUCUCAAACCUCGACCUCCUCCUCCCUCCUCUACACUUCGGCGUCUUCCUCUGCUACGGCCAAGAAGUCAACUCCCUUGUUGACUUCAGCUCAACAUUAGCCUCCCUCAAGUCCUCACUCGCCAAAGCCCUAGUCACCUACUACCCCUUCGCCGGAGAGGUGGUCCUCAAAUCCUCCGGCGAGCCGGAACUCCUCUGCAACAACCGCGGCGUAGAAUUCGUCGCCGCAUACGCUGAUGUCGACCUCCUCGAGCUCAACCUCUACGAUCCCGACGAGAGCGUGGAGAAAAAGCUAGUCCCGAGCAAGCCCGAGUCCAUCCUAUGUGUUCAGGCGACAGAGCUACGGUGCGGCGGGCUGGUCGUCGGCUGCACUUUCGACCACCGCGUUGCGGAUGCGUACUCCGCCAACAUGUUCUUGGUAUUGUGGUCAGAGAUAUCGAAUAGGCGAUCCUUGUCGAUCGAACCGUGUUUCAGGCGGUCGCUAUUGAGCCCUCGAAGGCCUGGUCUUCCUGACCCAUCCAUCGAUCGGCUCUACAUGCCUAUAUCGUCGGUGAAGAUGAAGCCGGCUGACAACGAGACCAUCAACAGAAUGUACUACAUCACCGCCGCUGACAUUUCAAAAAUGCAGGCCGAGGCCAAGAGCAGCAAGAUGGAGGCAUUUAGUGCUUACCUAUGGAAACUGAUCGCCAAAGCGGCUGUAAACAAGAAAAAGUGGUGCAGGAUCGGCGUCGUUGUCAACGGCAGAGCCCGACUGAAGCAGCUAGCGCCGUCCAUGGAGUCCUAUGGACCGGUAGCUUCGGCAACGUGCUAA